UUCGCGAAUCCGAAACAGUCUUCAUUGACAAUUCACAACGUCAAGACGUUAAUUUGGGCUAUUGUCGGCUUUGCAACUUGGCGGAUAAAAUUUGAAAUUUGACUUGUAUAAUUUUGUUAGUGCUGGAAACACUUGAAUGUAAUACAAACGGAAAUUUUCCAUUUAACGGUGAAUAAAAGAUAUUCGUCUGGCAUUGGUUAAUUUGGAGAAAAAUAUAUAUUUUAAAUUCAUAAAAAGGACUGUAGUGGUAUCACGAUACAUUGAAUAUUACGUCGUGAAGUAACGGAAUACAACAAAGCGCAUAACUUGGAAAGUGUGUUGAGAACAAAAGGUAUACAACAGCGAGCUUCAGAAGGAAAGGACAUUUCUCACGGAGUGACUGAUUUUCGUUCCAUCAAGCUGAUACAAAACACAAGUAAUAAUACUUCAAAAACUGGUGCUGUUAACAACAUACCAGCGCCAUCAUUACAGAAAAAAAGCAAUUCGCGUUCAAAUCGUCGAAAAAGACGUCGCAACAAACAUCAGCAAAAUUCUGCAGAAUCGAAUUGUUCGCAACCACCGAAAGCACAGAUAGUAAUAGCUAACGAAAUGCCUGCCCGUUUCGCCGAAGACGUUAUAACCGACAAUGAGAGUAGUGUUCCACUAAAUUUAGGUGGACACUACAAUCAUCAUUCCGCAAUAAAUGACGACAUUGUAAUAACUGGUUUUUCUGGCAGACUCCCCGAAAGCUCUAGCAUUGAGGAGUUCAAACGAAAUCUCUUUGAUGGUGUGGAUUUGGUCAAUGAUGAUCCCAGACGAUGGGAACGAGGUCUUUAUGGUUUACCCGAAAGAAUGGGAAAAAUCAAAGCUGAAGAUUUGGAAGUUUUCGAUCAACAAUUCUUCAGUGUUUCUGCAAAACAAGCUGAAUGUAUGGACCCUCAAAUGCGUAUGCUACUUGAAGCGACCUACGAAGCCAUUAUAGAUGCGGGUCUUAAUCCGGCUGAGUUACGUGGCACACGUACUGGAGUUUAUAUUGGUGUUUCUAAUUCAGAAACCGAGAAUUAUUGGUGCGCAAACGCAGAUAGAGUAAAUGGAUAUGGUUUGACAGGAUGCGCGCGAGCUAUGUUUGCAAAUCGCAUUUCAUAUACAUUUGAUUUGAAGGGACCCAGUUUCGCUGUUGAUACUGCCUGCUCAAGUUCAUUGUAUGCUCUGUCUCAGGCAUUUACGGAUAUGCGCGCUGGAAGAUGUGAUGCGGCCCUAGUUUGUGGUUCCAAUUUGAUUUUGAAACCAGAGAUGUCAUUGCAGUUUAGGCGUUUAAAUAUGCUGAGUGACAGUGGUAUGUGCAAAGCUUUUGAUGCGACUGGAGCAGGUUACGUUCGUUCCGACGGAGUGGUAGUACUGCUUUUACAAAAAACAUCUGUGGCAAAGCGAGUUUACGCAUCGAUUCUGAACGCACGAACAAACACCGAUGGUUUUAAGGAACAGGGUAUCACUUUUCCUGAUGGACGUAUGCAAAAUCGUUUAAUUCGUGAAAGUUAUGAGGAAAUUAACUUGGAUCCCAAUGAAGUUGUAUAUGUUGAAGCACACGGUACUGGCACUAAGGUUGGAGAUCCACAGGAAGUUAAUUCGAUUACUGACUUCUUUUGCAAAAAUCGCCCAACUCCAUUAUUAAUUGGCUCCGUUAAGUCGAAUAUGGGUCACUCAGAACCCGCAUCAGGUGUUUGCUCUAUUGCUAAGAUUUUAAUUGCAAUGGAAGAGGGCGUCAUUCCAGCAAACUUGCAUUACAGUUCAGCUAAUCCUGAUUUAUACGGUUUGAGUGAUGGCCGACUAAAGGUUGUCGACCAAAAUAUUCCCUGGAAUGGAGGUAUUAUUGGACUUAAUUCUUUUGGUUUUGGCGGAGCUAAUGCGCACAUUAUUCUAAAAUCGAAUCCGAAACCAAAAACUAUUACUCCCCGCGAUGGUCCACCAAAACUGGUUGUAUGUUCCGGACGCACAAUGGACGCUGUUCAAGAUCUGCUCGAAGAUGCUGGCACACAUCGAGACGAUGAUGAAUAUUUAGCUCUAAUUAACGGCAUACAUACGAAGCCUAUUUCGUUACAUUAUUAUCGUGGCUAUGAUGUUUUAACCUCUAAAGGUUCUGUGCAGCGUGAAGUCGUAGAGUUUUCGGAUGAUAGCCGUCCCAUUUGGUUUGUCUAUUCUGGUAUGGGCAGUCAAUGGGGAAGUAUGGCUAAAGAUCUCCUGCAAUUUGAUGUGUUCAAUAAAUCAAUUCAUCGAUGUGCCGAAAUUUUGCGUCCCGAAGGUAUUGAUCUCAUGGAAAUCUUAACACGUUCUACUGACGACAAAUUCGCUGACAUCGUUAGUUCAUUUGUUUCAAUUACGACUAUGCAAGUCGCUCUCACCGAUUUAUUAUCUUCUCUUGGUAUUCACCCCGCCGGCAUUGUUGGUCACUCCGUUGGUGAGCUUGGUUGUGCAUAUGCAGAUGGUGGUUUGAGCGCUGAUCAAGCUGUUUUGGCUACAUAUUAUCGAGGACGCGCUAUUACAGAAUCAAAUUUGCCGAAGGGAAAAAUGGCAGCCGUAGGAUUAGCCUGGGAUGAUGCUCAUAAACGUGUUCCAUCUGACUGUUAUCCAGUUUGCCACAAUAAUCAAGAUAAUUGUACAAUUGCUGGCCCGGGUGACUCUAUCGAUGCAUUAGUAGCACAAUUAAACGCUGAAGGAGUAUUCGCCAAGGCUGUUAGCUCAUCUGGUUUCGCUUUUCACAGCAAAUACAUUGCUGGCGCAGCACCGAAACUAAGGCAAAUGUUGGAGAAAAUUAUUCCAACGGCUAAAAAUCGUUCUUCGCGUUGGGUGAGCAGUAGUAUCCCAGAAAGUGCUUGGAAUACGCCUGUAGCCAAGCAGUCUUCAGCCGCUUACCAUGUUAACAAUAUGCUUUCACCAGUACUUUUCUAUGAAGCUCUGCUACAUAUUCCAGCAAACGCUAUUUGCAUUGAGAUAGCACCUCAUGGCUUACUGCAAGCCAUUCUCAAACGAGCUCUAGGACGUGACGUUUUAAAUCUUAGCCUUGUAAAACGAGGACACCCUAAUAAUGCUGAAUUCCUACUGGCCAAUAUUGGUAAAUUAUAUGCAGCUGGAGCGCAACCACAGAUACAGAAUUUAGUACGUCCGAUUUCCUACCCUGUUGGCCGUGGUACCCCAAUGUUGAACUCGAAAAUCGGUUGGGAUCAUUCUCAGAGAUGGGUAGUGCCAAAAUAUGGAGCUGCUAAAUCUUCAGGUGAUACAGUUAUCGAAAUUGAUUUAUCAAGUGAAGACGAUGCAUUCAUUGUCGGUCAUACCAUCGACGGGCGUAUCUUGUUCCCAGCCACUGGUUAUAUGACUUUAGCUUGGAUGACGUUCGCAAAAAUGCGUGGUGUCGAAUUCAAUAAGACUGCAGUGGUUCUAGAAGAUUUGGUUUUCCAUCGUGCAACUAUUCUAAAUAAAGAAAGUGUUACUAAAUUUGGCAUUAAUUUCUUUGAUGGCACCGGAGCUUUUGAAAUAUGCGAAGGCGGCAGCUUAGCCAUGUCGGGAAAAAUUAAAAUCGUCGAUAAUAUUACUCUGGAGGAAUUGCCUUUGGAACCACUCUCUCCCCAUUUCGUUGACCGAGAAUUGGUAGCAAAUGAUGUGUAUAAAGAAUUGCGUCUACGUGGCUAUGAUUAUGGUGGUAUUUUCCGUGGAAUAAUCUCAUCAGACAUCUCUUCUCGUACUGGUAAAUUACAAUGGGUAGAUAACUGGAUUAGUUUUAUGGAUACAAUGCUGCAGUUCAGUAUUUUGAGUAAGGAUCUGCGUGAACUUUAUCUGCCUACUCGUAUUGAAAAGGCAGUAAUUAAUCCAUCCAAACACAUUGAAAUUUUAUCACAAUUAUCAGAAGAAGAACGUACAAAUGUUGGCGUACCUGUCUAUUGGUACAGCGACAUUAAUGUCAUAAAGAGUGGAGGAGUUGAGUUGCGUGGGCUAAAAGCUUCAUUAGCUCAGAAAAGACCAAAUGCGCAAACCCCCCCGACAUUAGAACGUUAUACAUUUGUGCCAAAUUUCAACAACUCAGAACUACACGAGAAUUCCGGAAAAGCUGGCGUUCAUGCUCUUUCUGUAGCAAUUCAAAUUGUCAUUGAAAAUGCGGAACGUUCUUUCAAAAUCAAAGGAGUGGAACUUGCAAAUGGGCGAAACACCGACUCUUUGAUGGCUGGAAAGCUAGUACAGUUGAUUGAAGGAGAGCCAGCUGUUGCUGCUGACAUUGCUGUGGCCACUGCAAACAAGGAUGAGGAGAGCAUUAAAACAGCUUUUAGUGAUUUUGGUGUUCGAGUUAUUUCAAAGAAUGUGACCAAAGAACCAGUUGAGCAAAAUUGUAACUUCUUAUUUGGAAAUGAUAUACUAUCUCGCCCUGACACUGCUGUGUUGGAGAAUAGUAUUGCAAGUAUCAAAGAUAAUGGAUUCCUAAUUUUUGACGAAAAUGUAAACUCAUUCAAGAAAUCUGGAACCGAGUUAUUGUCCCAAUAUGGCUUUGUCGUGGUUCAAGAAUUAUACAAAGGCGAUUCUAGGGCUCUUAUUGUGUCUAGACGUGCCACAGAUUUAAACAAACGAAAAGCAGAGAUUAUAAACGUGACAGACAAAAACUUUGAUUGGUUAGAGGACCUGAAACUUGCACUUUCAAAGGCAGCAGAAGAAGAGAAGUAUAUAUAUAUUGUCAGCCAAGGAGAAGAGCUUUUUGGAGCUGUUGGCUUGACUACAUGUGUCACUUACGAAAACGGUGGUAAAUUUGUUAGAACCGUCUUCAUUCAAGAUGCAAACGCCGAAAAGUUCUCUUUGACUUCUAAAUUCUAUUCCGAACAAUUACGUAAAGAUUUAACUUCCAAUGUACUUAAACACGGUAACUGGGGUACAUUCCGACAUUUGAAAUUGGAGAAAGAACUUGCAACACUGCAAGUGGAACACGCUUAUGUGAAUGCGCUUGUAAAAGGUGAUCUCGCAUCAUUAAAAUGGAUUGAGGCAUCGCCGUCUCAAAAUUUGAAAAAUGAUAGCUUGGAGCUGUGCUCUGUUUACUAUGCCCCUUUGAACUUCCGCGAUGUUAUGUUAAGUUCUGGAAAAUUAUCUGCUGAUGCACUUCCUGGUGAUUUAGCACAACAGGAUUGUGUGCUCGGUCUUGAAUUUUCUGGACGCGAUUCCUCUGGUAAACGAAUUAUGGCUAUGGUACCUGCAAAAUCAUUGGCAACCACAUGUUUGGCUAGCAAGAACAUGAUGUGGGAAAUCCCCUCAAAUUGGAGCAUGGAAGAAGCAUCUACUGUGCCCUGCGUAUACUCUACCGUUUACUAUGCGCUGGUUGUUCGAGGAGAAAUGAAAAAGGGAGAAAAGAUAUUAAUUCAUGCUGGGUCGGGUGGUGUUGGUCAAGCAGCUAUUUCGGUUGCGCUGCAUCACGGUCUGACUGUUUUUACUACAGUAGGUAGUCAAGAAAAACGCGAUUUCUUGAAGAAACGAUUCCCCAAACUUGAAGAUCGAUUCAUUGGCAACUCACGUGAUACAUCCUUCGAACAAUUGAUUAUGAGAGAAACACAAGGCAAGGGUGUUGAUUUAGUGCUUAAUUCCCUUUCUGAAGAAAAAUUACAAGCUUCUGUCCGUUGUUUGGGUAUUAAUGGACGCUUUUUGGAAAUUGGCAAGUUCGAUUUAAGCAAUAAUAGUCCCCUUGGAAUGUCAAUAUUCUUGAAAAACACAUCAUUUCAUGGCAUUCUGUUGGACAGUGUAAUGGAAGGAGCAGAGGAAAUGCAGAACCGCGUUGUCGCAUUAGUUGCAGAAGGCAUUAAAAAUGGAGCAGUGCGUCCACUGCCCACAUCAGUUUUCAAUGAAUUCCAAGUCGAACAAGCUUUCCGUUUUAUGGCUUCUGGAAAACAUAUCGGCAAAGUCGUUAUUAAAGUUCGUGAUGAAGAACCUGGUAAGCAGACAUUAAAACCAAGUUCACGACUAGUUAACGCAAUUCCACGCACCUAUAUGCAUCCAGAAAAGAGUUAUAUAAUUGUUGGAGGGUUAGGAGGCUUUGGUUUGGAACUAACUCAUUGGAUGGUAUUACGCGGAGCUAGAUAUAUUGUUUUAACAUCAAGAUCGGGUAUCAAAACCGGAUACCAGACUCUUAUGGUACGACGAUGGGAGGAGCGUGGAGUUAAAGUAAUCGUUGAUACCAAUGACGUUACAACUACUGAGGGAUGCAAAAAAUUAUUGCAAAAUGCCAAUAAACUAGCACUGGUUGGAGGAAUAUUUAAUUUAGCCGCUGUAUUACGGGAUGCCUUAAUUGAAGAUUUAACAGCUAAAGAAUACCAAACUGUUUGCAAACCUAAAAUUGAUGGUACAAAAUUCUUGGACUUGCACUCUCGUACGCUGUGCCCCGAAUUAGACUACUUUGUGUGCUUCUCUAGUGUUUCAUGCGGUCGUGGUAACGUUGGUCAAUCUAAUUAUGGUUUGGCGAACUCCGCUAUGGAACGCAUCUGCGAAAAACGUCGUGCUAAUGGACUUCCUGGUUUGGCCAUACAAUGGGGAGCAAUCGGUGACACAGGACUUGUACUCGAGGGAUUAGGAGAUAAUGAUACAGUUAUUGGUGGAACACUGCCACAGCGUAUGAAUUCUUGUCUUCAGACCAUCGAUCUAUUCCUGCAACAACCCCAUCCAGUCCUGGCGUCAAUGGUUGUGGCGGAGAAGCGUAGUAAUGAUCCAUCUGGUGGUGUGAGUAUAGUAGCAGCCAUCUCCAAUAUUUUGGGACUGCGGGACAUAAAAAAUAUACAAGAUUCUGCUUCGCUCGCUGAUCUCGGUAUGGAUUCAUUGAUGAGUUCCGAAAUUAAACAGACCCUCGAGCGUUGCUUUGAUAUAGUACUUUCGCCACAAGAAAUUCGUGCUCUAACUUUCGGUGAAUUAAAACAACUGGAUGGUGGGUCCGUCGAAAGAUCUGCUUCAGCAGCCAGCUCAGCUGAAGCCCGCUCACCAACACCCAUUGGUGAUGGAACUCAAGUAGUCUUUGUAACAGAACUGAUGCCUUCUGAAGCUAUUAUCCGCCUAAAAUCAGCUGCACCAGAAAACUCAAAGAAAAGCCCAAUUUUCUUUGUUUCGCCUAUUGAAGGUUUUGUGGACGCCUUGAAAGAAGUGGCGGAACGUUUGGAUUGCCCCGUCUACGGUCUACAAUGUACAGCUGAUGCAGAACAGGACUCUAUUGAGUCCUUGGCGAAAUUCUACAUAAAACAUAUACGUAAAGUUCAGCCUAAAGGACCAUAUUCAAUUGCUGGUUAUUCAUUUGGCGCAACCGUCGCUUUUGCUAUGGCCGUUGAGCUAGAGCAGAACAAAGAAGAAAUCAAGUUGGUGUUAAUAGACGGUGCACCUAAGUACGUAAAUUGGUACACAAAGGCAUUCAAGAAGCGUUACAAUACAGCUGAUGAUGAUAAUCAAAAUCAAGCGUUUGCUUUGGCAUAUUUUGGCGUUGUUGCGGCUAACACCGAUUAUAGUAUGGCAAAACUGCUCGUGGAUAUUCCAACGUUCGAAGGCAAAGUGGAGAAGUGUGCGGAAAUUGUGGCGGACGAAAUAGAUAAACCCGUUGAACUGGUAAAAGCUGCUGCCGCCUCGUUCUACUACAAACUUGCUGCAUCUGAUAAAUACGCAGUAACGCAAAAUUUGCAAUGUGAUGUAACAUUGAUUAAACCAACCGAAAAUUACUCGAAACUGGAAAUUGAUUACGGCCUAAAUGAAGUGUGCGAUGGCAAUGUUGAUGUUCUAAUCGUCGAAGGUAAUCAUCGUACCAUCUUGUUAGAUGAAGAACCCCUGCAAACAAUCGAGGCCUCUCUGAAGCGUCUCCUGAAUUAAUAGUAUAUUAAAACCUUAACAACACUUUAAUUAUAAAUGCUACUAUGCUUAUUUUAGACGUUUUAGAGGUCAUGCACUAAAUGUUAAAUUAGUUUCCUUCGCAACUUAUUAGUAAUUAAUGUUUUAGUCCAAUUUUUAUGAAUUGCUUUUGGAAAUCACACAAUCUAGAAUACUGCAAAAGGCAUGAAAAUAAUUACAUAUAAUACGUUAUUGCGAUAAAUUUGAUAUUAUCAAGCCUUCACAUACAUAUAUAUAGAACAUAAACGUACAUGCGGAAAUUUAUGUGGGCAUGAAUAGAAGCAUAAUAAUAAUUACAUGUUCUAAAUGAGCUCAUAGGAGUUGUAAACUAUGUAUGUAUAGCACUUUGAUUAUUUUUGAAUUUUGUUAGUCUCGAAUGAAAUAACAUAGUUUAAUGAAUUUGUAAUUUAUAAAUAUAUGUUUGUAGGAACAUUUAUUAUUUACACAUACCUUGAUCAUAUGUUACUAUUUGAUAAGAUCUAUGCAAUUUAGUUCUGCAACAUUCCUUAAAUUAAUAUUAAUUAAUAAUUUUCUUAUAAUAUGUAAAUAUAAUUUGUUUUGCAACAAUAAAAUAUAUGUACUUGAAUAUUA